GGUAGCGCUCGGGCGCCAUGUUAGGACGAAGGGGAAGGAGGAGAAGCGCUUAAAGCGGCGGGAGCGGGUGCGGGAGUGGGGUUGGACCCAGGGCUGAGGCAGGCCCCCCUCCCUCCCGCCUCAGUGGAUCAUGCCCAGGGCGGCAGCGGCGGCGGUUGCGGGGGGGAAGUGACUGGGCGGUGCCGGCGCAGGAGACGAUGCCGUUGUAGAACUAGGAUCUGUUGGUGGAUGUGUAAUACUGUGUAGCAGUGGUUCUCAGUGUGAUCUGUGGAUGCUUGAGAUGGGGAAGGGAAACUCGCUGAGAUCCUUACAAGGUCCAGUUACAACGCAGGGAUCACAGCAAGCGCAGCCGCCCCAGAAGCACUAUGGCAUUACUUCUCCUAUCAGCCUAGCAGCCCCCAAGGAGACCGACUGCAUCCUCACCCAGAAGCUCAUCGAGACUCUGAAGCCCUUUGGGGUGUUUGAAGAGGAAGAGGAACUGCAGCGCAGGAUUUUAAUUUUGGGAAAAUUAAAUAACCUGGUUAAAGAGUGGAUACGAGAAAUCAGUGAAAGUAAGAAUCUUCCACAGUCUGUGAUUGAAAACGUUGGCGGAAAAAUUUUUACAUUUGGAUCUUACAGAUUAGGAGUACAUACAAAAGGUGCUGAUAUUGAUGCGCUGUGUGUUGCACCAAGACAUGUUGAUCGAAGUGACUUUUUCACCUCAUUCUAUGACAAGUUGAAAUUACAGGAAGAAGUAAAGGAUUUAAGAGCUGUUGAAGAGGCAUUUGUACCAGUUAUCAAACUUUGUUUUGAUGGGAUAGAGAUUGAUAUUUUGUUUGCAAGAUUAGCCCUGCAGACCAUUCCCGAAGAUUUGGACCUACGAGAUGAUAGUCUACUUAAAAACUUAGACAUAAGAUGCAUAAGAAGUCUUAAUGGUUGCAGGGUAACCGAUGAAAUUUUACAUCUAGUACCAAACAUUGACAACUUCAGGUUAACACUGAGAGCUAUCAAACUGUGGGCCAAACGCCACAACAUCUAUUCCAAUAUAUUAGGUUUCCUCGGUGGUGUUUCCUGGGCUAUGCUAGUAGCAAGAACUUGCCAGCUUUAUCCAAAUGCAAUAGCAUCAACUCUUGUACAUAAAUUUUUCUUGGUAUUUUCUAAAUGGGAAUGGCCAAAUCCAGUGCUAUUGAAACAGCCUGAAGAAUGCAAUCUUAAUUUGCCUGUAUGGGACCCAAGGGUAAACCCCAGUGAUAGGUACCAUCUUAUGCCUAUAAUUACACCAGCAUACCCACAGCAGAACUCCACGUACAAUGUGUCCGUUUCAACACGGAUGGUCAUGGUUGAGGAGUUUAAGCAAGGUCUUGCUAUCACAGAUGAAAUUUUGCUGAGUAAGGCAGAGUGGUCCAAACUUUUUGAAGCUCCCAACUUCUUUCAAAAGUACAAGCAUUAUAUUGUACUCCUAGCAAGUGCACCAACAGAAAAACAGCGCCUAGAAUGGGUGGGCUUGGUGGAAUCAAAAAUCCGAAUCCUAGUUGGAAGCUUAGAGAAGAAUGAAUUCAUCACCCUAGCCCAUGUGAACCCCCAGUCAUUUCCAGCACCCAAAGAAAAUCCUGACAAGGAAGAAUUCCGCACGAUGUGGGUGAUUGGGUUAGUGUUUAAAAAAACAGAGAACUCUGAAAAUCUCAGUGUUGAUCUCACCUAUGACAUUCAGUCUUUCACGGAUACAGUUUAUAGGCAAGCAAUAAACAGCAAGAUGUUUGAGGUGGACAUGAAAAUUGCGGCAAUGCAUGUAAAAAGAAGGCAACUCCAUCAACUACUACCUAAUCAUGUGCUUCAGAAAAAGAAAAAGCAUUCAACAGAAGGUGUCAAAUUGACAGCUCUCAAUGACAGCAGCCUCGACCUGUCUGUGGACAGCGAUAACAGCAUGUCCGUGCCUUCCCCCACGAGUGCUCUGAAGACUAGUCCGUUGAACAGUUCUGGCAGCUCUCAGGGCAGAAACAGUCCUGCUCCAGCUGUGACAGCAGCAUCUGUGACCAACUCACAGGCUACUGAAGUUUCUGUGCCACAAGCAAAUUCCAGUGAAAGCUCAGGGGGUACAUCGAGUGAAAGCAUUCCUCAAACUGCCACGCAACCAGCCAUUUCUCCACCACCAAAGCCUACCCUCUCCAGGGUUGUUUCUUCCACACGUCUGGUAAACCCACCACCGAGACAUUCAGGAACUGCAACCACAGCGAAAGGACCCAGUCCCAUCGCAGGAGUCAAGAGAACAUCCUCGCCUCACAAAGAAGAGAGUCCGAAGAAAACCAAAACAGAAGAGGAUGAAACAAGUGAAGAUGAUAGCUGUCUUGCUUUGAGUGGACAUGAUAAAACAGAAACAAAGGAACAACUCGAUACAGAGACAAGUACAGCUCAAUCAGAAACUGUUCAGACAGCGGCUUCUCUGCUGGCCUCUCAGGUUGCUCUGAACAAUGAUGUGUUCUUUGCUUUCGUUCUCAGAGAACUUCCAGUGCCGACCUUUCCGACAUCCCCGCUCUCCCUGCAAAUCCCAUUCCUGUUAUCAAGAAUUCAAUAAAACUGAGAUUGAAUCGGUAAAAACAACCUCAGGGGUCCGUAAACAAUAUCUGCCAACUCCACCUGUCGUCUUCAAAUGCUGAAAAGGAGAAUGGAGGGUACAAGACUAGACAUGACUGAAAAUGGACUUAGGUGUUUUUGGUGACCUCCCUUACUGGGCUAAUCAGCACUUGAUCGGAAGUCCAGGUUAGUAUGUGAAGCCAGGAGUACUGUUAUUAUUGUGUUAGCAACAGUUGCAUUAACUAUUUCAGAAAUUACUGCCUUUAAAAAAAAAAACCUCCAGUUACCAUUUGUAUUCAUAAUUGACAUCUGAAUUGGGUUUAUGUUUGAUGCAUUGUUUGGAAAAUUUUGCAAUACAAACUGGCAUAAGAAUUCCUUAUUCUGAUGAUGCACUUUUAUGUAUUUUUUUAUUAGAAAGUAGAACUAAUUUUAGAUUUUCAGCUUGAUGGAUUUUCUUUCCUGAAGAAUUACUUUUACCAUUAGCUUCCAAUUGGAUGCCGUUGUGCAGUGGUGUCCCGUUACGCUGGAGAGAGAGGAAGCGGGCACGUCUAGUUCAGUCUCCUUUGAAGUAGCUGUAAGCCUUGAAAAUGAAAGAGCAAUUCUGGGGUAUACAUUUGACAUUGAAAGAAUAAUUAAGACAAACUUGGUUUUGAUGGGGUCGCGAUUAAGAAAUGAUAUAUUGGUUUUAUUUAUAGAAUUGUUUUGUAGUGCAUACAAAUCAGCGAUCAGCAAAUAUUUUUCUUCAAGCUUAUCAGAGUUCUAUAUUCUUUUGCCUUCCAUCUGUUGUCUUCGAAAAUAAAAAGAAAAGCUUUUUGCACUCCCCACCCACCUUUUUUCUUAGUUUCCUUUUGCUUAUAUGCACAAGGUAGGAAUUCCUUCACAGAGAACAAAAUGCCAGUAUUUUCUUAAGCCAUGAUAUGAAACCAGUAUGAUGAGCCUGUGGCUGCAUGGCACAAAAUAGUGAAUUUUGGUCCCAUGGCUGAAACCCUUAGAGUGACUAACAAGAAUGCCUGUGAGACCUGUCAUCUUGAAUGGUUAUCUGAUCUCAAGAAUCUUGUACACUCCAUGAACUCUUGUCUAUAGUACAUUGGUUUUCAAUUUUAAACGUGGGCAAAAAGGCAUUUUCUCCAAGAUUUCUGAACUAAUUUUUAUUUUUAACUGGUUUACCAAAUUUGUCAGUGAAUUUUACAUAUAGAAACAUUUUAAAAAUCAUUUCUAUUAAGCACUUGACAUCUAGUCAGCUUUCUUUUUAUUUUAUUCUACCAAAUGAUUACGAACUCCUUCCAUUACAGAAAAUAAUCCUAAUAAUUAAGCGUAAGAAAAUGCAUCUUUACAAAGUGUGAGGGAUGCCAGAUGUGGAUCAGCUUACUGUUAAAUGGACAAAGCAGACCUAAUGUUUGUUCUAAUGAGCAUGCUCUAGAAUCUUCCAUUGUGUUCCAUUCUAUCACAUGUGCAUUUUUCAUGUUAAACUGCAAUGACUUUAACUCUUCCCCUAUCCUUCAAAUUAAUUUUCUGAAUUUGGAGUCCAGUCUUUUCCCCCUGUAGGCCGUGCAUUAAUUGAAGCUUUCUUUCCACCAUGACUUUAUAAUGUCUAGUAGACAACAUUUCCGCUUCCCACAUCUGCUCUGCACCGUCACCUUGCCCUUCUUCCACCACCUGCAGAAGAGAGACGGUCCUACCAACAGGUGAAGUGUACAAGGUGUCUGUGUGUUUCGUGUAGCUUCAGAGUUAGAUUGAAAUUGCCAGGCACAGAUUUAGUCUUGUCAUUUUGUUUACACAUUGGGGAAAUUUUCAGUUUAUUAAACGUUUCAUGUAAUUGCACCCAAGUUUUGCCAAGUGGGAACUUGGACAUUUUCUGUGUAGUGACUUUUUAAUUCUAGUUUUCAUAACCUGGAGAUCAGACUGUUGCUUCCGCAUGAUGUAUGUAGUGUCUCAUGACUGGAGUUUGCUUUGUUUUAUAGUAUCUGUACUCCUUGUAUUUUUCAAGAGCUAUUUUGUAAACAGAUGAUGUAUUUCUCCAUUGAAAACACAAUAAAAAAAAAAAAGCACAA